AUGUUCUUCGAUGUUUCUGAUAAGGUUAAUUUAAUUUUUACUGGCAAUAACCUUUCUUCUCAGGUUGAUUUAAUUAAAUGUAAAAUUGAAUGGAAAAUAUUUGAUUUGAAUUUACGCAAGGAAUUCUUGGGGUCUGAACAAGUUCUAAUCAGCAAGAAAUUUUACGAUCCAAAAUGCCCUUUAAUCGUUUGGCAAUUACGUGUUUACCCAAAAAACAUAUGUAACAACGGAAUGUACGGAAGUCAAAAUAUUGCUACUUAUGUUUCGCUCAUCCAAAUAGGAUUACAAGAGACAAAAUUUAGCUUGUAUGCUAAAUAUAGUAUUUAUGCACAUAAUAUUGAGGGGAAACGUGUAAAUAUUUGUUCGUAA